UUAGAUCUGUAAGAACAAAAACCAAAGACUUAUCACAUCACAGUUCACACAUAGAAUCCAUGAAUUUUGUUUUCAGAGUUCUUUCUUCUUAAUAGUAUCCGGUGCUAUGGGUUUAUCAUCAAUCCUGCAACAAUUCUUAGAACAAGUUACUAUCAUGUUUCACCCAACCACAAUCUCUAUCUUAGCAAUAUUCUUCUUCUCUGGUAUCUUCUAUCUGCUAAGGAAGCAUAAUAAAAAAUCUAAUGAUGGGUCAAACAUAAAUCAGCUCAAACUACCACCUUCUCCACCAAAGAUACCGAUCAUCGGAAACAUUCAUCAACUGGGUCCUUUACUUCACCAAUCUUUUUACCAUCUGUCAAACAAGUAUGGUCCACUCAUGCUCUUAGCUUUGGGCAAAAGGUCUAUUCUUAUAGUUUCAUCCGCAGAGAUGGCAACUCAAAUUGUAAAGAACCAUGAUCUUAUUUUUGCAAAUAGGCUUACAGUAAAAGCUUCAAGAGUUAUCUUUUGUGCUGGAAACGAUAUAGCUCUAGCUCCAUACGGUGACUACUGGAGAAAAGUAAGAAAAUUUUGUGUUCUUGAAUUGCUGAGCAUAAAGAGAGUUCAGUCCUUCACGUUUAUAAGAGAAGAAGAAGUUGAUAAAGUUGUCAGCACGAUAACUCAAUCGUCUAAACAAAGAGACACCAUUAAUCUGAGUGAAAUAUUGUUCACUAUGUCAAACACCAUUAUCUUUAGGUGUUCACUGGGUGACAACUUUAACAAAGAACAUACUGACAGAUUCAUGGGGCUGAUAAGGAAAGCGGCGACAUUGUUGGAGUCUUUCAGUUUUGAAGAUAUCUUUCCUUUGCUUAAAUGGAUGGAUAAUCUAACUGGAUUUAAUGGGAAGCUCAGGAGAACCUCUCAAGAGCUAGAUGUUUUCUUUAAUCAAGUCAUUGAUGAUCACCUCCUCUCAAAAUCACAAGUAGACCAUAAAGACAAAGAUGAUAAGAGGAACCUCAUGGAUCUGCUUCUUCUCCAUGCUGCAAAAGAUAAUCUCGAUCUCACAAGAGAUAACAUCAAAGGAAUAAUAUUGGACAUGUUUAUUGGUGGAAGUGAUACUACUGCAACUUCCAUUGAAUGGACUAUGGCAGAGCUAAUAAAGAAUCCAGAGUUGAUGAAGAAAGCACAAGAAGAGGUAAGAAGAGUGGUAGGAAACAAAAACAAAGUUGAAGAGCAAGACAUUAACCAUAUGGACUACUUGAAAUGUAUUGUCAAAGAGAGUCUACGGCUACAUCCGCCUUUACCUGUUUUGAUCGGUCGAGUUUCGUCUGCCAGUGCUAAGAUUGGUGGUUACGACAUCCCACCAAAUACUGGAGUUCUCCUCAAUGCUUGGGCAAUACAAAGAGACCCAAAAUUAUGGGAUAAACCAUUAGAGUUUUGUCCUGGGAGAUUUAAAAACAACCUUGUGGACUUUAAAGGUCAGGAUUUUCAACUGAUCCCAUUUGGGUCCGGAAGAAGAGGGUGUCCUGGAAUGGCAUUUGGCCUUGCAGUGGUGGAAUUUGUUUUAGCCAACCUCCUGCACAGGUUCGACUGGGAAUUGCCUGGCGGUGCUAAUGGCGAGGGACUAGACAUGACAGAUGGUCUGGGCAUCACUGUUAACAGGAAGACUCCUCUUCGUGUGGUUCCAAUAUUGGUACACUCAGUUACUUCUUGAUUAUCCACAUGUACAUGCAUAAAUCCAUACUUUUCUCUUGCAUUUUAUUGGCAAAACCAAGAACAGAUUAUACUUUUCA